AUGGAAAUCUGUCUGAGUUUUAUGAUUCUCUCUUCCACAUUCUCUCUCUCUUCUGCAGGCAGUGUGAGGUUGGUGAAUGGUGGAAGUCGCUGUGCUGGGAGAGUGGAGGUUCUUCAGGAUGGUCAGUGGGGAACAGUGUGUGGUCGUGGCUGGGAUAUGAGAGAAGCUGCAGUGGUGUGUAGAGAGCUGCGCUGUGGGGAGCCUGUAAAUGCACCACAAUACGGUGACUUUGGAGCGGGAUCAGGACCAAUCUGGAUGGUUUAUGUGUGGUGUAGUGGAUCAGAGUCGACACUGAAGAACUGUAGAUCAGAUGGGAGGGGGGAUUACUGUGGUCACGGUCGGGAUGCUGGAGUCACCUGUUCAGGUCAGGGUUCGAGACUCUCUGCUGGGCCUCACCGGUGCUCUGGGAGAGUGGAGGUGUUUCAUGGAGGUUCCUGGCCCACAGUGUGUGAUGCUGACUUUGACCAGCAGGAUGCAGAGGUUGUGUGCAGAGAGCUGGGCUGUGGGAUUCCUGUGGAGGUGCUGGGUUCAGCUGCUUUUGGCCGAGGGGAGGGUCAGGUGUGGACAGAGGAGCUGCAGUGUAGAGGAAACGAAUCUGAGAUUUACUUCUGUCCAACAUCAUCUUCACUCAAACACUCAACCUGUUCCCAUGACAACGAUGUGGGAUUAAAAUGUUCUGCUCACACAGGGGCGCGGCUGGUGAACGGAUCGGACUCCUGUUCCGGUCGAGUGGAGCUCCAGUACCUCAGUGAGUGGGGCACAGUUUGUGCUGCAAGCUGGGAUAGGAGAGCUGCAGAUGUUCUCUGUGCACAGCUGGAUUGUGGGAGGGCUGUGGUGGAGGUCGACUGGUUUGGGGAGGGGCGUGACCCCAUCUGGGCUGAUGUGUUUGAUUGUCAGGGGAAUGAGACACACCUCUCACAAUGUGGCAUCUCAUCAUGGAGUCGAGCUGCAUGCUCUCAUCAACACGAUGCUGGAGUCAUCUGUAAUGGAUCAUCCGUGGCGCUUCAUGAGGGGCGAGUGCAGUUGUCUGGAGGGAACGAGUGUCAGGGGGAGGUGGAGAUUUAUUUCAGGCAGGACUGGAGGAGAGUUCUCCUGGACUUGUGGAGUCUGUCUGAGGCGUCUGUGCUCUGCAGACAGCUGGGCUGUGGCUCCGAGCUGAACUACCGCUCCUCUCCAUCCACCACUGAACACAAACACAUGUGUGUAACAGGUUUCAGCUGCUCUGGGACUGAAGCUCAUCUGGGGAACUGCAGCAGAGCACAAUAUGUCAGCUGUAGCUCCGGGGAACAGCUGUACAUCACCUGCUCAGGUAAGUUUAACUCAGACCCCAGCUCCAUCAGGCUGGUUGGUUCUGGUGGAGACUGUGCAGGAAGGCUGGAGGUUUUUCACAGCGGCUCGUGGGGGACAGUGUGUGAUGACUCAUGGGAUAUUGAGGAUGCGCAGGUGGUGUGCAGACAGCUGCAGUGUGGAGAGGCCCUCAGUACCCACAUACCAGCCUGGUUUGGUCCUGGAACUGGGUCCAUAUGGCUGAAUGAGGUGGAGUGUGAGGGGAACGAGAUGUCCCUGUGGAACUGCAGAUUUCAGCUGUGUGAAGAGGGUGAAUGUGGACACCAGGAGGACGUAGGAGUCGUGUGCUCAGAGUUUAAAGAGAUCCGACUCACAGAGGGCUGUGAGGGGAAUCUGGAAGUGUUCUACAAUGGAACAUGGGGUAAUGUGUGUCACAAUCAGAUGGCUGAUGAGACAGUAAACAUGGUGUGUCGAGAGCUGAACUGUGGAAGACGUGGCAGUCUGUCAAACACUGCAGCGAGAGUAAAAUCUGCUCCGAACUGGCUGGAUCAUCUGAAGUGUAGGAAACACGACUCUAAUCUGUGGCAGUGUCCAUCUUCACCCUGGGGACAGAACCGCUGUGAUAAUGGUGAUGAGGUGGUUCAUAUUACCUGUACAGGUGGGUGGAUUCAGACUUUUCUGCUUCUGUCCUGCUCUUCAUUUCCCUCUCAGAAACAUUGCUCAAAGCGCUGGUCUCUCAGGCUGAGGGGAGAUAAGGGAAGCUGCUCUGGGAGGUUGGAGGUGUAUCAUAACGCUACGUGGGGCUCCGUUUGUGAUGAUCAGUGGAACAUCAGGGACGCUCAGGUGGUGUGCAGGCAGCUGGGCUGUGGGUCGGCGCUGAGAGCUGAGAGGAAUGUUACUGGUUCUGGUGAAGGGAUGAUCUGGCUGAACAGAGUGAAGUGUCGAGGGGAUGAGAUUCACCUGUGGGACUGUCAUCAUUCCCUGAAGAGCCACACUGACUGCUCUCAUGCUGGAGUCACCUGUGCAGAAUUUUCUGUGUCCCCUGCUAUUAAUCCCACAUCAGCAACAAACACCAUCACAACAGGAGCUCAGUUAAGAACAAGAACGACUCCAAGAAGAUCAGCUGGAGCUCCAUCCAGCCCUCCACUGGUUCUCUUUGUGUUGGGAACGCUGCUCUUCCUGGCCUUCGUGCUUCUGCUGCUCCUGUUUUACCAGAACAGAGCGCUCAGGAGAGAUGUCUCUAAGACGAGGCGUAAGACUCAGCCUGAGGCAGUCUAUGAGGAGAUCAACCACAGAUCCAUCACGAGAAGAAUCAGGAGCUCCACUCAAAGAGGAAGUCUCCUCUCUGAAGAACAGCAUUCUGGGUAUGAGCAUGUGGAUGAUGAGCUUCUCUCAGAGGAUGAAGCGGAGAAUUAUGAUGACACCAUUCCAGCUGAUCAGAAGUCAGUUAUACUGAAAGAGGACGUGUCCGAGAACUAUGAUGAUGCAGUUACCAUGGAAACAAACCCAAACAUCAUCACAGGUCAGAUUUUUUUCUGGAAAUAAACAAAAAAAGAAAAGCUGCUGAGGGAACCACUGUUUAUAGCUGCGAUGACAUCAGUGAGCAAAGGAACAAACUUAUUUUUCCAAAGAUAUACAACAUUAUCUGUAACUAUAAAUGGAUGAAAAGUACAAGAUCUAAUUCUUUACUCAGUGAAAAACUGCAAUUG